GGAGGUAAGCUGGCCAGCAGUCGUUCUGUGUCUCGUUUCUGUGUCUCGUCUCUGUGUCUGACUCAGUGAUUUCGACUGUCUUUUCUGAGCGCGCGCAUUUUGGUUUCAGUUUGUUCCGGGUUAGUCGCUCUGGGAGCGAAGUGCGGGUAGCGAACAGACGUGUUCGGGGGCUCGCCACCCGGCAAUCCUGGGAGACGUCCCAGGAUCAGGGGAGGACCAGGGACGCCUGGUGGACCCCUUGGCAGAGGAUUAUUGUGCUUUGGUCUCACCGCGUCUCGGGAGGCGCGCUCUGCCAUCGGACUCUUUCUUCUAUUUCUACGGCACUCGGUCUCGUCGCCGUUUCUGGUUUCUUUUUGUCUUAGUUGUGAUAGGUCUUUGCGUCGUCGUUCCCCUAUUGGAAAUUUUCGAGAUGGGGCAAAGUGCCCUUACGCCCCUCUCCCUUACUCUAGAUCAUUGGAAAGAUGUCAAAGCCAGGGCUCACAAUCUGUCCAUGGAGAUCAAAAAAGGAAAAUGGCAGACUUUCUGUUCGUCUGAGUGGCCCACAUUCGGCGUAGGUUGGCCGCCAGAGGGAACCUUUGAUCUUACUGUCAUUUUUGCAGUUAAAAAGAUUGUUUUUCAGGAGACCGGAGGACACCCGGACCAGGUUGCCUGUGUCGUGGUAUGGCAAGACCUCGCCCAGAAUCCCCCUCCCUGGGUGCCACCCUCCAGCAAAGUCGCUGUUGUUUCGGGAUCAGAAAAUACUCAAAGGCCACCUACAAGGAAGCCUUCCGCCCCUCCCCAACCCCCCGUCCUCCCGACACCAGAUGACCUAUUUUCUCUCUCUGAAACCCCACCUUACCCGGCGGCUCCGCUGCCCCCUCUGGCCCCUCAGGGAAACAGAUCGGCACCAGGCCGAGCGCCCGGUGAUCCUAGCCCUGAGGGACCGGCUGCGGGGACUAGGAGCCGCCAACCUCGCAGUCCGAGAGACGGCUCCGGUCCUGACUCCACCGUAGCUUUGCCCCUCCGAGCCAUAGGGCCCCCAGCUGAGCCUAAUGGCUUGGUCCCUCUACAGUAUUGGCCUUUUUCCUCAGCAGAUCUUUACAAUUGGAAGUCUAACCACCCGUCUUUUUCUGAAAAACCAGCAGGACUCACGGGACUUCUUGAGUCCCUUAUGUUCUCUCACCAGCCCACUUGGGACGAUUGCCAACAGCUACUCCAGAUCCUCUUCACCACUGAAGAGCGAGAAAGGAUUCUUCUGGAGGCCCGCAAGAACGUUCUCGGGGACAACGGGGCCCCUACACAACUCGAGAACCUCAUUAAUGAGGCCUUCCCCCUCAAUCGACCUCAAUGGGAUUACAACACGGCCGAAGGUAGGGAGCGUCUUCUGGUCUACCGCCGGACUCUAGUGGCAGGUCUCAAAGGGGCAGCCCGGCGCCCCACCAAUUUGGCUAAGGUAAGAGAGGUCUUGCAGGGACCGGUAGAACCCCCCUCGGUUUUCUUGGAACGCCUGAUGGAGGCAUAUAGGAGAUACACUCCGUUUGACCCCUCUUCUGAGGGACAGCAGGCGGCAGUUGCAAUGGCCUUCAUCGGACAGGCAGCCCCAGAUAUCAAGAAAAAGUUGCAGAGGCUAGAGGGGCUCCAAGAUUAUUCCUUACAAGAUUUAGUGAGAGAGGCAGAAAAGGUGUACCACAAGAGAGAGACAGAAGAGGAAAAACAAGAAAGAGAAAAAAGAGAGACAGAAGAGAGAGAGAGACGGCGCGAUAGGCGCCAAGAAAAAAACUUGACUAGGAUUUUGGCCGCAGUGGUAGGUGAAAGAGGGUCUAGAGAUAGGCAGACAGGGAACCUGAGCAACCGGGCAAAGAAAACACCUAGGGAUGGAAGACCCCCUCUAGACAAAGACCAAUGCGCGUACUGUAAAGAGAAGGGUCACUGGGCAAGAGAAUGUCCCCGGAAAAAGAACAUCAGAGAAGCCAAGGUUCUAUCCCUAGAUGACUAGGGGAGUCGGGGUUCGGACCCCCUCCCCGAACCUAGGGUAACACUGACUGUGGAGGGGACCCCCAUCGAGUUUCUGGUCGAUACCGGGGCUGAACAUUCGGUGUUGACCCAACCCAUGGGGAAGGUAGGGUCCAGGCGGACAGUCGUAGUAGGAGCGACCGGCAGCAAAGUCUACCCCUGGACCACACAGAGACUUUUAAGGGUCGGACAUAAGCAAGUGACCCAUUCCUUUUUGGUCAUACCUGAGUGCCCUACUCCUCUGUUGGGCCGGGACAUCCUGACCAAACUAAAAGCUCAAAUCCAGUUUUCUACAGAGGGCCCACAAGUAACAUGGGGAGAUCACUCUACCAUGUGCUUGGUCCUAAACCUAGAAGAAGAAUACCGGCUGUAUGAAAAGCCGGCCUCUCCCUCCAUCGACCCAUCCUGGCUCCAACUUUUUCCCACCGUAUGGGCAGAAAAGACAGGUAUGGGACUGGCCAAUAACGUCCCACCAGUAGUAGUAGAGCUGAAAUCGGGUGCCUCACCGGUGGCCGUCCGACAGUAUCCAAUGACUAAAGAAGCCCGGGAAGGCAUCAGACCCCACAUCCAAAGGUUCUUAGACCUAGGGGUCUUAGUGCCCUGCCAGUCGCCCUGGAACACCCCUCUGCUACCAGUAAAAAAGCCAGGGACCAAUGACUAUCGGCCAGUCCAAGACUUGAGAGAAAUUAACAAAAGGGUGCAAGACAUUCAUCCCUCAGUCCCAAAUCCAUACAGCCUCCUGAGUUCCCUUCCGCCUAGUCACACUUGGUACUCAGUCCUGGAUCUCAAGGAUGCCUUUUUUUGCCUCAGACUACACCCCAACAGCCAGCCACUGUUCGCGUUCGAGUGGAGAGACCCAGAAAAAGGUAACACAGGUCAGCUGACCUGGACACGGCUGCCACAGGGGUUCAAAAACUCUCCCACUCUCUUCGACGAGGCCCUCCACCGAGAUUUAACUCCUUUUAGGGCUCUCAACCCCCAGGUCACAUUACUCCAAUAUGUGGACGACCUCCUGGUGGCGGCUCCCACAUAUGAAGGCUGCAAAAAAGGGACACAGAAGCUCUUGCAGGAACUGAGUAAGUUGGGGUACCGGGUAUCAGCUAAAAAGGCCCAGUUAUGCCAGAAAGAGGUCACCUAUUUGGGGUACCUGCUCAAGGAGGGAAAAAGAUGGCUGACCCCGGCCCGGAAAGCUACAGUUAUGAAGAUCCCUACUCCCACAACCCCCAGGCAGGUCCGCGAAUUUCUGGGUACUGCCGGAUUCUGCAGGCUCUGGAUUCCUGGGUUUGCUUCCCUGGCUGCACCCUUGUACCCCCUGACAAGGGAAAACAUUCCUUUUACCUGGACUGAGGAGCAUCAAAAGGCUUUUGACCACAAAAAAAAAGCCUUGCUGUCUGCCCCCGCCUUGGCUCUCCCAGACCUCACCAAACCAUUUACUCUAUACGUAGAUGAAAGAGCCGGUGUAGCCCGAGGAGUGCUUACUCAGACCCUAGGACCAUGGCGACGGCCAGUAGCUUAUCUAUCAAAAAAACUGGAUCCAGUGGCCAGUGGGUGGCCAACCUGCCUAAAAGCGGUUGCUGCAGUGGCACUCCUCCUCAAAGACGCUGAUAAGUUAACCUUGGGGCAAAAUGUGACUGUGAUUGCUUCCCACAGCCUCGAAAGUAUUGUGCGGCAGCCCCCCAAUCGGUGGAUGACCAAUGCCAGAAUGACUCAUUACCAGAGUUUGCUGCUAAACGAAAGGAUAUCUUUCGCGCCCCCUGCUGUCCUGAACCCAGCUACCCUACUACCAGUCGAGUCAGAAUCCACCCCAGUACACCAAUGCUCAGAAAUCCUUGCUGAAGAAGCUGGGACUCGACGGGACCUGAAGGACCAGCCAUUGCCCGGAGUGCCUGCCUGGUAUACAGACGGUAGCAGCUUCAUUGUGGAAGGUAAGCGGAGAGCAGGGGCCGCCAUCGUAGAUGGCAAACGGACGGUAUGGGCAAGCAGCCUGCCAGAAGGGACAUCAGCCCAG